AUACAAAACUUAGAAACUAUACAAACUAGACCAACAAACAAUACAAAAUGGAAACAAGUUGACCGACUUUGGAGGCUCUGUUUUAUAUAUAAAGGAGUUUUGUCCAAAGUCAACAUUACAAACAUGGACAAAAAUGACAAACCAUUCAUAAUGGAUUUACAAACCAUACAUUAAGAAAAAACAACCAGGUUAUUUUUAGUCAUAUAAACAUUACUAACAUGGUAUACAAAAAUAAAAACUUACAAACAUGGUAGACAAAAAUGACAAACAUAAAAACAUUCAAAAAGAACAAAUAUUACAAAGUCGUUGGAGCAAGGGAAAAAUUCCAGCGAGCCCACUUUAUUUUUUUUAAUUGAUAAAACCUAAAUUGGUGUUAUUUAUCCUUCCUAUUGAAGUUUAUUUCGUAUCAAUUCAUGUGCAUAAUAGUUUGAAUAGCGUCGAUUGCAUCCAUAUUUCCUUCUUAUUUGAUUAUGAUGUGAUAAAUGAGGAGAUGCGGUCGUUAAACAAGCAUUGGUUGGGAGGCAACCCAACGUAGGUUCGUAUUUCUUUUCCUUAUUUUCUCUUUCUGUUUAAGUGUUUGAGUCAAAUGGGUGAGUUUUGAAUGAUCAUCGUGUCAUGGUUUAUGUGUUUGACUAUUUGAAUGUGUCGUGUUUGAGUUAGAUGCACGGUUGAUACGAUUGAGUAUUGAGAACUAUGGGUUUGCCCUGUUUUUGGUACAUAUCAUGGUUUUAGUAACAUUAUUACGGUCAGCCGACCAUGAUAAUUUUUCCCAGACCGUGAUGUCGCCAUGCAUUUCUCGUGAUUUGCAAACAUUACGGUCAGCUUGAGAUUAUCACGGUCAAUAGCCCGUGAUAUCAAACCUCUUGUGAUAUCGGCAUAAAACUCACCGUUUUCGGCCUAGAUCACGACCAGCGAGUUAUUACCGUUGUUAGCUGACCGUGAAAAUAAGACUCCGCAUUUGAUCUCGAACCUCGGGAUAUAUAAAUAGUCUGUGAUCCCUCCCUCUUCAAGUGAACAUUAACCGACGGAAUCCUUUGAAAUGCUCACUGGAAAGCGUUGCCCCUGUCAAUUUUCAACGAGUCGAUCUACUUCCGGCCUUCCAAAUUAGAAACCAAGCACAUAUCCAAUCUUCCCUAGCCCAGGCGAACCUUCGCCGAGCUUGUGGUAAGAUUCGUUUUUCAGUCCGACGAUCUUUUUCGGCGAGGCUCUGACGAGUUUCAGGCAAAGCUCAAGCGACCUUGGUCGAUCACUUUUGCGGCAUUUUUUUAUACCCUCGCCAUUUCUCUAUCUUCCUCUUCGAUCCUACUUUAGUCUCCAUGUGUGUUUUCAUCUUUUACUUGGUCAAUUUUGGAAAAUCAGAGCUAGAGUUCUUAGGUAGGGAGAUUUGUGAACUUUUGCUUCAAUGAUGAUAUUGGGGGAGGGGUUUGUUGAACUAUGUUGAUUGAAUAAUGCUUGACGUGAUUGUUGAGAUAAUUGAGCCUUUGUGGGCUUGAUUUGGUGUUUGAAUUGAAAAAUGCCCACCAAGAACAUUCUUUGAAUGAAUGUCUUGAUUCACUUUUGUGCAUGAUGGGUUGUGGUCAUCGAGGCAUGAUCUAGGCUUGCAAUUGCAACCUAUAUGAUCUAUGAAACACCUAUUAUCAUGCCUUAGUGUGCCUUAUGGAUGUUCGAGGUUAAAUAAUGGCCCUUUGACCUUGUGAAAAUCCUAUAGAGGCAUGUUGAAUAUGUUGGAACUUAAGUGCGGGGGAGUUUAUUUUCUCCCCGUAGAGCUUUGUAUGAUAAAUGUUUUCAUGUGUGGUGCAUGUUUGCUUGGAAUUUUUGCAGGAUGGUUAAUCUGAUGCACCCGUACAUCCAUCAGUUGGUGAAUUAUCCGGUCUACGGAGACCAGUACAAAUCAUGGCAGAAUGUGGAUGUUGGUCCCCAUUGGCGCCUUGAUUUGGACAUGUUCGAUCACUUCCACUGCUGAAUGGAAAUCUCUGCAGUUGUUUCCCAUCCUCAGUAGCGCAUACUUCUCAACAUUGACGAGCUUAUUUACCAGGAGCUGUACUUGAAGUUCUACUCCACGUUCAUGCAUGAGCAACCUAAGGGGCGACUCAACUCACCAUUUGUGUAGUUCAUGUUGGGAGGAAUCCAUCAUUCCAUCGGUUAUGACACUUUGGCUGGAGCUCUGGGUCUCCAUACCGGGAUCAUAACGAUGUCGGGGAAGGCAUACACUAGGAAUUUUAAUCCCCAGUAGCUGUAUGAGGUUAUCUGCCUUCCGGAUGAGAGACACCAUUGAUAUUAUGCAUCUCACAUCAGGGUGACUUAGUUCAGGCCCGGUGGAUAAUUAUCCACAUUCUGCUUACUCACUCUGUAAUACCGAGUCUCCUUGCUAGUGGUCAGGUCACUCUUAGUGGGAUGAUGGUACUCUACUCCAUUGGUCGACCAUGAGUUUCCACCAUGCACCUUGGUACCAUCAUCACCAGACUAGCCCGAUACUUCAGGAUGGACACCACCCGCUUUAGGGGUGGGCAUACGAUUCGGUAAAACCGAACCUAACCGAACUGAACCGAAUAUAAACCGAACCGAAAUCGAAUUAAUGUUAUUCGGUUCGGAAUUCGAAAGAGAAAAGGGCAUAUUUCGGAAAUCAGGGUCCUUUCGACCGAACCGAAUUUCCGAACCGAAAAACCGAAUUAUUAUAAGUGCAAGCUCUAAAUGGUGGAUUUUUAUGUUUCUACUUAUUAUGAGACUUAAAUAUUUGAAUCAUAUGACUUAUGUGUUGAAAUGUUUGAUUUUAUCAUUGAUGAUACAUAUUUAUUGUUUACAUUAGCGUGAAAAAUCAUUUAAAAAAGAGAAAAUACAAGCUAACCUCACUAUUUCGAUUUUGUAUAAAAAACCGAACCGAAUUAUAAUUCGGUUUGAACCGACCGAACCGAAUUAUAAUUCGGUUCGAAUUCGGUUUGAGGUUUGAUAGAAUUCGGGGACCCGGUAUGAAUAAUUUCAGUUCGGUUUGAACCGAACCGACCGAAUGCCCACACUAACCCGCUUCCUAGUGGUGGGCCGAACAUAAAUCUUCUUGGCGGAGACUCCAGAAUAUGAGGUUUGUCCGAGUUGAGUGGGGCAUCAAGUACAAUGAUGGUAUCAGACCUUCUGCCUUGCUCCGACCCGUGGUGGAGGAGGAACUUGAGGCAGAGCCAUCAUGGAUAGCACCAUCACGCCGCCGAGUCUACCACGGGGCAUCAUCAUCAUCAACCGGAGCCGACCCCUAUUCUUCCUCGGGUACCCUUGAGAUCCGAGUCUCGGCCCUCGAGCACUAGUUUGCUGGUGUGUCUUCCCAGCUCACUCGAGAACAGGAUGCCAGGCGACAUUCUCUUUUAAAAUUUUCAACAAUAAUUGAAGAGGAACUAGUCUUUUGGUCAUACAUUUAAUUAAAAUUUUCAAUAAUAAUUUAGGAGGAACUAGAUCAUGUGUUGUACAUGAGAACGAUUAGCAAAUGAAGGAGCAAUCUUUUUACAACGAUAGAUAGACAGUCACUUUCCAAACAUGGAAUAUUGGGGAAAAACAUGCUACACAUUGAAUUGCAUGAUUUAUUUUUAUUCGUAGUUUUCUAGUUUAUAUUAAACAUAACAUAGUAUAAACUUUAGAUUAGAGU